AUGAAGUUGUCCAUAGUGCUAGUGUUAGCUGCCGUUGUUGGUGCCGCGUACUCGGUGCCGGUCGAUCCACAGGAGAUCGAUUGGACACUGGUGAGGACGCUUCAUCAAACCGAUGCUAUCCGCGCAAAGCAAGGACUACUUCCGGUCACCGAUGAUGAAGUUCGGUCCUCGCGCAUUGCCGAUGGACAGAUCGCUUCCUCGACGCAGUUCCCGUGGGCAGCUGGUAUCCUGAUAUCCGGCUCAUCAUCCCACAGUUUCUGCAGUGGAGUGUUGAUCUCGCGACGACAUGUGCUCACGGCCGCUGUGUGCAUUUCUGGAUCGAACACCCUCACCGUCCUUCUGGGUGCAGCUGACAUGACGCGUGUGGAGGAGUUCAUUGGUGUCACGAACAUCCUGUCGCACCCGAACUACAGCUCUUUCCUCAAUCGGGACGAUAUCGCCAUCCUCACGCUCGAUCGUGAGGCACCGCUACGGGACACCAUUCGCCCAGUUGAUCUCCCACGAUGGAGUGACGUUGGCAACUCUUUCAACAACUGGGCUGCAACGACCGCCGGUUGGGGAAACACUGGCCGCCGAGAGAAUGAACCCAUCCCAAUCCAGAACUUGUACUUCGCUAUCGACUCCGUAAAUACCAACUUCGUCUGUGGACUUUCACAUACUUUCAUUCGCGACACACACAUUUGCACAUCCACUGAUAAUGGAGGAGCAUGCAACGGUGACGAAGGUGGUCCAGUGACAGUUACUGAGGGCGGCCGUACGUUCCUCGUUGGUAUCCAUUCGUUCCACUUCUCCGGUCUAUUCGGUUGUGAUCGUGGACGAUCCGCUGUGCAUACUCGUAUCACCGAGUAUCUGGGAUGGAUCCAGGCCAACAGUGACGCUGUGAUCCAGUAG